GGGGUUUCCGCUUCCGGCGGCGGAUUGUUGACGCCCGCCGCUGCUGUGGUGGCUACCGAGCGGUUGCGGCGGGGCUGCCGAGGGAGGGCGACGGCGCAGUGACAGGCAGCGCGGAGGGUGCCUCGGAGGCGACGAUGGCAGAGGGGCCCGAGGAAGCCCGGAGCCGCCCUCCCGGACAGGACGGCGGCGGCGGGGACCACGAGCCAGUCCCUUCCGGGCCUGGCUCUCCCUCCGCGGCCGCCCCCCGGCCCCCGGCCCUCGCGCCCGCCGCCCCGGCCGCCUCGGAGCCGGAGCUGCCGCCGCCGCCGGAGCUCCGGAAGCGCCGGGAGGGGACCGCGGGGCCGCAGGAGCCGGGGGGCUGCGAGGCGUCGGACGGGCCGGGGCGUCUGAGCGCGCGCGAGUACUCGCGGCAGGUGCACGAAUGGCUCUGGCAGUCCUACUGCGGCUACCUCACCUGGCACAGCGGCCUGGCCGCCCUCCCCGCCUACUGCGGCCCGCCGCCCGCCGCCCCGCAGCCCGCCGCCCCGGCCCCGCCCCCGCCGCCGCCGCCGCCGCCGCAGCUCGCCUACUACAAUCCCUUCUACUUCCUGAGCGCCCCGGGGCCCGGGCCCGGACCCGGACCCGGGGGGGCGGCCACUGGCGGCGCCACCCCGACCGCCGUCGCGGGCCUGACAGCCCGGGCCCCGCACGUGCAGGCAUCCGGCCGGGCGGCCCCCGUGACCAGGGUCGUCGGCUCUGCGGCCCCCGCCCGGACGGCGAGCGACGCCGGGCGGCAGGCGGGCAGAGAGUAUGUCAUUCCAUCCUUGGCGCACAGAUUUAUGGCAGAGAUGGUGGAUUUCUUUAUUCUCUUCUUUAUAAAAGCAACCAUUGUCUUGAGCAUCAUGCAUCUCAGUGGGAUAAAGGACAUCUCUAAGUUUGCCAUGCACUACAUAAUAGAAGAAAUCGAUGAAGACACAUCCAUGGAAGACUUGCAGAAAAUGAUGAUUGUGGCACUUAUAUACAGGUUGUUAGUUUGUUUCUAUGAGAUAAUUUGCAUUUGGGGAGCAGGGGGAGCUACACCAGGAAAGUUCCUGCUAGGUCUUCGAGUUGUGACAUGUGAUACAUCGGUACUCAUUGCUCCAAGUCGGGUUUUAGUGAUUCCUUCCUCAAAUGUUAGCAUCACAACGUCCACCAUACGAGCUUUGAUCAAGAAUUUUUCUAUUGCUUCUUUUUUCCCUGCUUUCAUCACACUGCUGUUUUUUCAGCAUAAUCGAACAGCCUAUGACAUUGUAGCAGGAACCAUUGUGGUAAAAAGAAAUGGGGUCAGAUGA